AUGGUGACGCGUGGAAGGUGUGAAAAGACGAGGAUUGACUUCUACCGGUCGAGCGCUUCUGCCACCCUGCUGCAGCUGCAGCAGUAUCUCCGCAACGCGGUGGGAUGUCAUCUACCGGUAUCGCGGUACGAGGAGCACGGGCGACUGUACUUCUACAACCUCGACACCGGGGAGACGACUUGGGACCCACCACCGCAAUCGCGAGAAGGAGAAACCUCGGGGCCACCACCUGCUGCCACCAACCGGAGUGGGGCAGUAACGGUACGGUCUAGGUCCUCCGUGAUUCUUUCGAAAGGAGGAAAAAUCCAGUUUGGGAGAAGCUGCAGCGCGGUAUCUUCACGGAGUGAGGCACCGAAACAUCCCACUGUCGUUCAUAAGGGGGGCCGACUCGGCACGACGGACGAGCUAGAUGACGGAGGCGGCCGCACAUUGAAAACUGGAACAACCGAGGGGGCCGUUGUCCGGUCAAUGCUUCACCGAGCCUCAACCCUUCCUGCCAGAAAUGUAGAGGGCGAGUCUCCUGGGGCCGAGCGCGAAGGCUAUACGAGUUCUCGGCAAGCGCCGGGCAAGAAAGACGGCGACGAAACGAAGCACGUGCUUGGGAGCCCACAGCGUAGCGUAGGGUGUCCCGAAGAAUCGACCCCGUUACCAAAGUGGUCGGGUCUGAAAAAGCCAACCCGUCAAAGAGCCAAACACGUGGAGGAACCGCCGACGUCGAAACCUGCGCCGUCAUCUCAGGGUAAUCAUCUUGUUCCUAGUUCAUUGCAGCAGGCUGAACAAUGGCUCGCCACCAACGAACCGGAAUCUGAACUCGGGCGGCCGUAUCGACGUCGCGGCCCUGACCAAACUCCACCCAAGCCGGACUUUUCGCUAGGAACAAGGGAAACCUCAGGCAGGUUCGCUACCCCGACACACGUAGAGGACGCGUCCCAAAAGGAAGGGGUCCCCAUGCACGAACCCCCAGCCGCAACAACGGCGAGACUUCGUGGGCAGGCCGCCGCCGUUCGGGAGGCGAUGGAGUUGCGGCGCAAAGAAGCGGAAGAAAUGACGGGCAGGCCCGAAAUCACGCGCCGCGGGCGGAACAAGCAGCGCAGCGUCGACGAUCUGCUCCUGUUUCAGCGAAACGCUGAAGCUUCCCGGCGCCGAAGGCAUGACGAGCGAGAGACGCACGAAAACAAGCUGGUGACAGGCCGGCCGGAGACUUGUAGAAGGUCCGCCGUCUUGGUAAAGCGCAUGCGCCGCGGCGGGGGCAACGACGCGCACCUCCCGACAUCGCAGCGCCUCCACAGCGAUGCCGGCGAACAGCGCCGGCGGCGAGACACCCAGCAGGCGCGAGUGGAGACGGCGAUCCGCCGCCGCGCCAACCCCAACAUCUCGACGAGGUCGAAAUCGCUCCCGCGGGAGCGUGGCGACGUAGCACGCCGCCUGUACGAACAAGCGAUCCUCAGCAGAGAGGGGGCGCACUACCGGGAGCAGCUGUCUCGAAAACCUCCCAGGGGGCAUACGUUCCGUCCCGAGAUAGACCAGCGAAGCGCUCUCUUAGCCCAGCGGCGGAGGGACCGGUGGGCCUCCGUGGGUCUCGACAAGCGGGGGCGACGGGGCGGGACAGCCGUGCAGGAGUUCCUGCUCGCUGAGGGGACGCUCUACGACAGGCGGAGACAGGAGAGGCAGUCCAUCCAGGAAGAGCUGGCAUUGCGACGCCCGAACCCGACCGUCAACCGACACUCGCGCCGGCUGCUGCGUGCCGCCGGGAAGACCGGCCGGUCGCCCGGGACGCAGUCGGAGGAGACCAGGUCACGAGCGUCGGAGGCUGUGGAGGCCGAGCAGUACGAGUUUAGCCCCCGUCUCGAGGGCCUCGGUACGUCUCAGAAGAUGCUGGAAUCUAGGUAUGGACGCGACGCUAUCCCAUCCAUGCAGCAAAGAGCCAAAGACCGAGAGGUGGAGAUCCUAGAGCGCCGGCGGUCGCAGUCGGUCGAGCAAGACAAGGAAGACCGCAGCUUCGUCGCCAGGCGCGCGUCUCGACGGUCUUCGGCAAGUGAAAGCCCGGAGCAUGGUCAAGACGAGCCUCGGUCCGCGAAGUCCUUCUCGCGCAAGAGCUGGUCGGCUGCACGUUUGUCCCCGAGCUGCAGGCGAGAAUCCGGGGGCGGUCAAGAUACCGGCAGGCCGCCGAAGCCAUAG